AUGAAGAAUUUCCUCCGGGUUUCGGUGUUGGCCGUCGCCAGCUUAGCAUGCGCCGUACAGGCUCAAAGUCAUUCAGGAACUGAAGCGCAAGAGAAACGAGGGUUAUCAGAAGCAGAUUUAUUGGGUAUUCUUGGAGGCUUAAAUAAUGGUCAAGGAGCGAAUGUAGGAGUAGGAGCGCAAAAUGGGGCACAGAAGGGUGGAAAAAAGGGUGGAAAAAAUCAAGCCCAAGGAGCAGUGACGAGGACAUUCGCUGUUGCAGGUGGUGCCGGAAAUGGAGCAAACCGUGGGGGACAAGCUCAGGCUCAAGCUGUGACGAAAACCAUCGUUUUGGGAGGUGCUGCUGGCAAUGGAAAAAAUAACGGCCAGGCCCAGGGAGCCCAGAUCAGGACAUUGACGAUAGGAGUUGCUGCCGGCAACGGAGCAGGUACGACAUGUGCUGCGGAAAAGACUCUCACUGUCACCAAAAUAGAGAAAGCUGCAGCGGCUGGAAAAGGAGGAAAUGCUGGCGUCCAGUUAUCAUUUUUGACAACGACAGUAUUUCAAAGCGGUGCAGCUCCAACCGUUACCGUCACGCCGCUUCCACAGAUGGUCACUCAACAGGUUACGGUUACUGUCACUGCCGCUGGCGCCGCCGUUGCUGCUCCAGCACCUAUAGGUGCUCCAGCCAAUGCAAGCAGUCAGCUGGCAGGAACUGCAGCUCCUGUUGCGGGUGCCCCUUCGCCCAGCAAAGCCAAGAACCGCACAACAGCUGUGGCCCCAGCAGCAGUCGCUGCUCCUAAACUCGCAGCACCUCCUCCAGUCGGCUCUUCAGGAGGCCUAGCCCAGGGAACAGGAACUGUGAAUGCGAAUGGGCAGUGUGAUUGUGCGUGUAUGUGUGGAAGCGGAUCCUUCCCAACCAGUAUCAAUGCCGCCCCUCAAAUAAACGCCGCGACAACUUUACAGACUCAGGCUUCAGCAGCGGUGACUGUGAGCACCAACAUUAUUCAAUCGGCAUCCUCGGUUGGCGCUCAGGGUGCCAUUUCCUCAGCCGCUCCUUCAAAUUCUGCACAAGUCGCCAGUUUCUCAUUGGGGGGAAAUACAAAUGCAGCUGCCAGUACCGGCGCAACAGUUGCUUCUGCCACUCCUGCAGCAUCAGCAUCAGCUUCUCCAACAUCGGCUUCUGUUGCCCUUGCGCAAUCCGCAGUUGUGGGAUCUUCAACAUUAGCAGCCGCGGCUACAUCUUCAGUUCCCAUCGCACUGGCGCAAAGUGUGGUUGCUGCAUCAUCAGCAGGAGCUUCUCCUCAGUUCGCUCUAACAUCUGGAGCUGUCCUUGCUGCGACCCCUACUGCCCCUCCUAUCGAUAUCGCCACAUUCAAGCUCACCAGUAGUUUAGAACUCGGCAAUUUGGCAAUGCCAACAAUAGCUGUUUGA